UUGGUUAUGGUUGCCAGGAGCCUGUUUGGCGCGACUCUUGGGACCAGUGUCGUUUGUGUCCCAACUCUACGGCAGGGGCCUGGACUGGAAGGCUGGGCUAGGAGCGGGUUCCUCUCCACCCCGCCCCGCCAGCACCUCUGCAGGCUGCCUGGGACCUUGAGGCCCAAUGUCCACCCAACCCUAACGCCCGUGCCUCCUACCAUCGCGGUCUCAGGCCCUGGGAUCAGCUGCCCCCAAUCCUAACCCUCUUUCACCCCCAACUCCAUCCCUGCUAGUGCCUGGUUACCAUGGUGAAGCUAGCAGCCAAAUGCAUCCUGGCAGCAGAAGGAACCCUGGCUCUCCAGAGCGCCUCUAGUUCUCAGAGAGCCAGAGGAGGCAGUGUUGUGUAACAAAAGGACCUUGGUCAGGCCUCUCCCCAGCUCUGUUGCCUUGGACAGUGUUCAGCUUCUGCACGGGAGAUCCAGCUGUAGGCAAGACAGCCCUGGUGCAGAUGUUCCGCAGCGACGGGACCCAUUUCCAGAAGAACUACACUCUGACAACAGGUGUGGAUUUGGUGGUGAAGACAGUGCCAGUUCUUGACACAAAUGACAGUGUGGAACUCUUCAUUUUUGACUCUGCCGGCAAGGAGCUGUUCUCUGAAAUGCUGGAUAAAUUGUGGGAGAGCCCCAACGUCCUGUGUCUCGUCUAUGAUGUGACCAAUGAGCAGUCCUUCAACAGCUGCACCAAGUGGCUUGAGAAGGUUCGGGCCCAGACUCCGGGUACCUUCCUCCCAGGUGUUUUAGUGGGGACUAAGACUGACCUGGUUGGCCGACGAACAGUGGAUUCUGCGCAGGCCCAGGCGUGGGCACUGGGCCAAGGCCUGGAAUUCUUUGAAACGUCUGUGAAGGAGAUGGACAAUUAUGAAGCCCCAUUCCACUGUCUGGCCAAGCAGUUCCACCAGCUGUACCGGGAGAAGGUGGACAUGUUCCAUACCCUGGUGUGAAUGUAGAGUGGACUGGCUGGGCUGGGCUGCUGUGAGCCCAGCAAACCUUCAUCUCUCCAGAACACAGAAGAUGGACUUGCCUGGUACUUCUCAAAUAUCCACCACAGCUUUGAAUAAAAUGAGGAAAAUGA